AUGGCCGGUUUUAUGGUAGCUCUGAUGGUGACAAUAACUAUUUGCGUUGAUGGAAAUAAGUUCUCCAACCAUCGGGCAGUUAAUAUACUUAGACAUUUGAAGCGACUCAACAAACCUGCUCUUAAGUCCAUUGAGAGUGAAGAUGGAGAUGUCAUAGAUUGUGUUCCUAUCACUAACCAACCCGCUUUUGAUCAUCCUUUACUGAAAGAUCAUACGAUACAGAUGAGACCAAGUUUCAACCCGGAACAUGACUCUACGUACACCAAGAAAGAAGCGAAGGCUAUAACUCAGGUUUGGCACAAGAACGGAGAAUGUCCCAAAAACACUGUUCCAAUCAGAAGAACAAAGAAAGAAGAUCUCUUAAGACCGAGAUCGAUCAAGACUUUUGGGAGAAAGUCUCAUCAAAGCAUCCCAAGAACUACAACCUUUGAUCCAACAUUAGGUCAUCAGUACGCAGUCAUGAGUGCUAGGAAUGGAAAGUUUUAUGGGACAGAAGUUGCGAUAAAUUUGUGGAAACCGUAUGUUCAGAUUCCCAAAGAGUUUAGCUUGGCUCAGACUUGGGUGGUGUCCGGAAAUGGCUCAAGUCUUAACUCCAUUGAAGCUGGUUGGCAGGUUUAUCCAGAACUAUACAAUGAUAAUAAUCCUAGAUUCUUUGUUUACUGGACGCGCGAUGGAUACCGAAAAACAGGAUGUUACAACCUUCUCUGCUCAGGAUUUGUUCAGACAAGUAAUCGAUAUACCGUAGGUGGAUCCUUCACCACCGUGUCACGUUACCGUGGAACUCAGUACGAUCUCUCCAUACUCAUAUGGAAGGACCAAAAAACAGGAAACUGGUGGCUAAAGAUCAAUGACAAAGACGUUAUAGGUUACUGGCCUAGCUCGUUGUUCACUUCUCUAGGAAGAGAAGCUACAAGAGUUGAAUGGGGAGGCGAAAUCAUUAACUCAAGGACCGGAGGGAGACACACGACCACUGAUAUGGGAAGUGGGCAUUUCGCAGACGAAGGGUUUACUAAAGCAAGCUAUUUCAGGAAUGUUCUGAUAGUUGAUGGAGCCAAUACUUUGAGAGAACCAAAGAGUCUUUACUUGUUUGCUGAUAAACACAACUGUUACAAUGUGAAGACAGGAAAUGGUGGAACUUCUUGGGGGAUUCAUUUCUUCUAUGGAGGCCCUGGUAGAAACGUUAAGUGUCCAUGA